CAGAACCAACUACCUAGAGGCACUACAAUCCUUGGGACUGUACUAUCUUCCAACAAAACAAACAUCACCACUAUGACCGGUGCCAGGGUCGCUCAUCCACUUCUUCUAGGCCUUGCAAAUAUCUGCAUGUGCACUUGCACCAAACUCUCAUCUAGGGCAUUCCUACUUAUAGCUCUCCCCCCUAUCCCACAUUAUUUGCACCCCAAUCAACGGAUGUGGGGCAUGCUCGAAGAUCACCUCAUACAUGAGUGUCUUGUCAUUGUCUUGAAACCAUUGAUGAUAGCAGCCGAGAUCAGGAUCAUGAUGUCAGAUCCAGUGGGCAAUGUUCAUCAUUGUUAUAUGCCUCUUGCAGCCUACAUCAUUGACACCCCCGAGGCAUGUAUGCUUGCAUGUGUGCGUGGCAAAACUUCGCCAUUCACCAUGGUGUCAUAUCUUGAGUUUGGAGGCGAUUUUCGUCAUCCCAAAUGCACGCGCUCCAUCACACUUGAACAGCUUGCAAACAUCAAGGCCAACUCCAAUAACCACAAAGCUUGUUUCAGGUGUUGGCGCAAGUAUGGAAAUACAUGGUUUUGA